CGGCUACAUAGAUAAACCCUAAGCUUAAAACCUUCAUAAAACAAAAAACAUCCUCCGAAGCAGCUACUCCUCCUCAGUUGUUGUUCCGCCGUCCCGCCAUCAGAUCCCAAUCAAAGAUUUAGAUUACUAGUUGUAGCUCAAUUACUAGUAUUUAAGGUAUCAAAUCUGAUCUAGCUUUAUCUGUGCGAAUUUGAUUGAUAGCCAGUGAUUCAUUAGAAACUCAUGAAUUUCAGAUUUAAGAGUGUAAUUCAUACUUUGGAUAAUUUAUGUAUUGCUUGUAGGUAAUAAUUUACCAUAGAAGAAAUGGCAGAGUCUACUCAGAUGGAAGUUGAGACAGCAACAGAAGGAACUGUGCCAUUGCCGCCUAAACCAACCUUCAAGCCUUUGAAAGCUCAUGAAAUGUCUGAUGGUAAAGUCCAGUUCAGGAAAAUAGCUGUACCACCAAACCGAUACUCGCCUCUCAAGAAAGCAUGGUUGGAUAUCUACACACCCAUUUACGAUCAGAUGAAGGUUGACAUAAGGAUGAAUCUCAAAGCCCGCAAAGUCGAGCUUAAAACCCGAGCUGACACUCCCGACAUCAGUAAUCUUCAGAAGUCUGCGGAUUUUGUACACGCUUUCAUGCUUGGUUUUGAUAUCCCUGAUGCUAUCUCUCUUUUGAGAAUGGACGAGCUUUAUGUUGAGUCUUUUGAGAUCAAGGAUGUGAAGACUCUUAAAGGUGAGCAUUUGUCUAGAGCCAUUGGUAGGUUGUCUGGUAAAGGAGGGAAGACAAAGUUUGCUAUUGAGAACUCGACCAAGACGAGGAUUGUGAUUGCAGACACUAGGAUUCAUAUUUUGGGAGCUUUCUCUAAUAUUAAAGUCGCAAGGAGUUCACUUUGCAGUCUUAUUAUGGGAUCUCCUGCUGGGAAAGUUUACUCUAAGCUCAGAUCUGUCUCUGCUAGAUUGAACGAAUAGUUUUGAAUGGCGAAAUUUUGAAACAUUAACUUGCUUUUGUUCGGAGUGAUCUUUGUAAUGAAAUUUUGAAGAAACAAAUGUUAUGGUGUUCUUUAUAAAAUUUGUUAUGGGAUGAAAAUUGUUAUUUGAAUGCUGCUGCUGCUAUGGAUUCUUUUGAAGGUAAGACAAAUCGAGUAGUUGAAGUAAAAGAAAUAAGAACACUUGCAUUGCAUUUCUAUAAACCCUUAAGUCUGCUUAUUCGACAGCAUAAACAACUUGGAAUGGUGACGUAAAGACAUGUUCUUGCAGUUACCAUCUUGAGCUAU